AUGGUUCUCCCCAAGAGCAUCCUCCUCGCCCUUGCCGCCAUCCCAUGCGUGCUCGCUGCUGUCGCCAGUCCUCGUGCUCCCGAUCUUGACUUGGACGAUGGAAUGACAUGGACCGGUCGUAUCUUCAAGACCGAUACAGAGGUCACCGAGCUUCACGGCACGGCUACGGAAAUUCUCGCCCAAAUUCUCGCCAUCAACCCCGAGUACAACGCUGCCGAGAUCGCUCCCGAGGAUGCCCUCGAGGCCCUGGAGAAGCGUGCCGAGGUGCUCACCUGCGGAACAAUGGCUACCGGCGACCUCGAGCGGUCCAUCACUGCUGCCAAUGAUCUCAAGAAGCUAGGCCAGAACUGCGGUGCCCCGUCCAAGCGCUGCCGCCGCAUGACAUGCCAAUCCACCACCGCCAGUUACAUCUGCAGUGAGAACAGCUCGGAUGUUUCCAUCCCUUGCUCCACUGCCGGGAGACAGGUGAACCAUAUCAUACUCAACUGCUGCCAAGGCUACAGGGCUGGAAGAUCUGGGCACAUUUACCAGGACGGAAGAUACAGCAUUUGGCUCGGCUAUGGAAACUGCAAUCACGCCACCAAUGUCUUCCCCCACACCUACCCUUAUCCCGGUGGGAACGUUAACGGUGGCUGCUACAACGACUAA